CAGUAGUUGAAUCCAAAAGCAGAUGACACCUAGUUGUCGGAUCGUCGUAAAUCCGCUCCGUUACUCCCAGCAGCCCUACUAAUGUGCCCUAACAGACAUUCGUCACCACCACGCUGCCACGGCAACACCUAUAGCUUUAAAGAUCCCCGACGCCUUCCUCGUGCUCUUCAUAACUCAUCGCUUUCUCGCGUUCCUAGGAUAAGAACAGUCUAUCUUUGCUCCAAAACACGGAAUGCUUCACUCUCUUCAGCCCGGUGGUGUCGUUCUGGCCACGGAGAAGCUAACUUGGCAUCUUCACGGAUUCCCAACGACCAAAAGAAAGAGCCACUUAUAGUAGAGGCAACACAACUAUCCAAUGAAGACUACUGUAGUUUAGUAGCAGUGUAUUUCGAAGCAGUUAUAGAGUGUGCAGCGAUGGCGCAGGAAGAGGGAUCUAAUAUUGCGCCGGGACAUCGGAAUGACGUUAUAACCAGCCCCGCUCUAGGCGUCGGCGACUACAUCCUCAAGUGCCAGCGCUCAACAAAGCAAAUCUGGCUGUAUUCGCCGAUCUCAGGGUAGGAAGGCUACGACUGGGUUGUACAUGGGCAGAAGCAAUAUACCGAUGAUGGCGUAACGAUGGGACAAUGGCUACAUAUGAGUAAGGGUACAAACUUGUCAGAGGUAUUGAAUACAGAGUCGGGUUUACAAAUG